GCUUGGAUGUUGAUAUCAACAUGGCGCUUGUCAGACAGACAAAGACAGUCAGUCUGGUGUGAUUGAGCCAAAAAAACCCAAACAAACCAGAGGGAGCGGGCGAGGCGCAGGGAGCGGCAGGAGCCGGGCCUCACAGGGAGGGGUCCCUGGUCCUCAGGGGGCUGGGGAGGGGGGUGAGGUAGCCGAGGGAUUUCCUCCCCCCAUUUUGUCCUCGCCCCUCAGCACUCCCGUUCAUCUCCCCUCACGCUGGGGCAGGCGGGGGGACCCCCCCCACUCCUGCCGUUACAUGGUGAGGUGGAGGCGCCGCCGGCACCCAGAGAAUGGUGAAUAGCACUGAAGACCCUCAAGAGGCUUUGUGACGUCCCAUCCCCAUGUAAAGUAUGCUCAGAACUUUUCCAGUAGUCUGGAAAUAUGUUGGAUUUCAGUAUUAAAAUCACCACUUGAAAUUGUAAAGAUCUAGUUCACAGCAGGAAAGAAGUCUGGAGUCUGCUGGAAACCAUGUCUCACUACACAGACGAACCAAGAUUUACUAUAGAGCAGAUAGACCUGCUUCAGCGCCUGAGACGUACCGGAAUGACCAGACAUGAAAUCCUCCACGCUCUGGAAACCUUGGAUCGUCUUGAUCAAGAGCAUAGUGACAAAUUUGGAAGAAGGUCUAGCUAUGGAGGUGGUUCCUACAGCAACAGUACCAAUAAUGUCCCAGCAUCUUCCUCUACAGCCACAGCUUCAACACAGACCCAGCAUUCUGGGAUGUCCCCAUCACCGAGCAACAGUUACGAUACCUCCCCACAGCCUUGCACUACUAAUCAGAAUGGGAGGGAGAGUAACGAGAGGUUGUCUGCAUUCAAUGGGAAGAUGUCACCUACCCGCUACCCACUUGCAAACAGCUUGGCUCAAAGGUCAUACAGUUUUGAAGCUUCUGAAGAGGACUUGGACAUUGAUGACAAAGUGGAGGAACUGAUGAGGAGGGACAGCAGCGUGAUAAAGGAGGAGAUCAAAGCCUUCCUAGCCAAUCGGAGAAUUUCCCAAGCAGUUGUUGCACAGGUAACAGGUAUCAGUCAGAGCCGGAUCUCCCAUUGGCUAUUGCAGCAGGGGUCUGACCUGAGUGAACAGAAGAAAAGGGCAUUUUACAGAUGGUACCAGCUCGAGAAGACAAAUCCUGGGGCUACAUUAAGCAUGAGACCCGCUCCUAUCCCAAUAGAAGAGCCAGAAUGGAGACAGACGCCUCCCCCAGUCACAGCUACCUCUGGGACCUUCAGACUACGGCGAGGCAGUCGGUUCACCUGGAGAAAGGAGUGCCUGGCUGUUAUGGAAAGUUACUUCAAUGAGAAUCAAUAUCCAGAUGAGGCAAAGAGAGAAGAAAUUGCAAACGCCUGUAAUGCAGUUAUACAAAAGCCAGGGAAGAAGUUAUCGGAUUUGGAACGAGUUACCUCCCUUAAGGUGUACAACUGGUUUGCCAACAGAAGAAAGGAAAUCAAGAGAAGAGCCAAUAUCGAAGCAGCAAUCCUGGAGAGCCAUGGAAUAGAUGUACAGAGUCCAGGAGGUCAUUCCAACAGUGAUGACGUUGAUGGCAAUGACUACUCGGAGCAGUGGAAGAGCACAGCUCCCCUAUUUGAAUGUGUUGAAGCAACCAGUAUUCACCCACAUGGAUUUAUUGUCAUACAACAGGACACUUGGCAAGUACGCAAUGGGGAGGAGGAGGGAAGAUGUUCAGAGGGAGGCAGAGAAGCAGAGAAGGUAGAAGAAGACAGGAGGAUCUGCUCCAAACAAGCAAGUUACACCAUUCACGCCACACGCAAUGAUGACAGCACUAGCCAUAGUGACCAUCAAGACCCCAUUUCAUUAGCUGUGGAAAUGGCAGCGGUAAACCACACCAUCUUGGCAUUGGCCCGGCAAGGAGCCAACGAGAUCAAGACAGAAGCUCUAGACGACGACUGAUACAAAGAGAGGGGAGGGUCAAAGCAAGAAGUAACUUAGUUUUAGACGUAGCACCUUAGCAGACUUUCCUCAGUCCUUAAUAUGUGUUCUUACAGUAUAACUUUGCAGUUUCUUGUACGUCAGUUAGCUGUUAGGGUCUUGUUCUGUGAAGAUGGCAUGGUGCCCUCAGCCUUUGCAUAUACUCUCUCAGUAUUAAUUCCCAGUAAAUAAUCAAUCAACCAACCAACCUCCCUCUCCCAGCCCCAGUGGCUAGAAAAAUCUUGCUGCUCUGUCUUAGCAUUCAAAGUGCUUCCAGGUAUUUUAGACAGCCCUCAAUUACAAGUCUUAGGCUACACUUAAAACCUUGGAUAACCUUAGAGAUUGUGUUAAAAAAAUAGUCUGUAUGCUUUUCCUUCUCUGAGACUGAAAGGAUGCAAGCUGAGGUAGUGGCACAGGGUCGAUGGACACCAGAUCGGGAGUAUCACCAGAGAGUAAAAAGAACACUAGAAACCCCACUUCAGCAUGGGAAUAAAUCAUUUCCAGCUGCAAUAAGCCGUGCCUCACUGGUCCUACAGUGACUUGAUAUACUUUUGGGUGCUGUGCUGAGAAUGUCCAUUGGAAACACAUUCACGUAUUUUGGUUGAUGUUCACAUAUUCAACACAGACAUCCUCUACUCUCACAAGCUACGUGGCUUAGUGGAUAAGUACUGCCUUCUGCCUCUGGGACCAUGAUUGAAGCCCAGCCUGGGAUCAUAUGAAAAAUGAGCUGAAUGUCUAAUGGACAACAGUCCACUUCUCAAAACCACUAUUCAUUAUUUGGCAUGGCUAGCAGUGCCUGCUCAGAAGAGGUCUAGACUCUAUUGAUCUGUCAUUAGCAAUUUCACCUAUUAUUCUUCCUCUCACCUUUUCUGUCCCUACCCUACUCCCCUCUCCACUUUGCUGCUUUCAAAAGCAGUGUUUUCCAGGAAGGUUAUUAAAGUCAUAAAAUGGGUGAGUGGAUUUUUACACAUCUGUGUAACUAAUGCCUACAUCCUGACUAGCCUGAAAGGUUCUUGGAGAACUUUUACAUCUGAUUUUUGCUAGGAAACCAUCGUAGCAUAAAUAUUCUCCUAAUUACGAACUUUUUUUGUUUCUUUAAAGGCAGGAGGAUCUCUUACCUGAGAAAUGGGGUGUGAAUGUUUUGUGUUCUCUUUACUCUGUCCUUGUUAAGAUGUGAGAAAGCUAUACGGCUACGAGCAAUUUAAUUAAUAAUUGGAAGCCAUACUGAUAAUGGAUGUGGUAAUAUUUUUAAAGCAAACGUACUUUAAGUAGCAGAAACUAACGGAAUUGUUUUCCUUGAUCAUAUGUAGCACUUUUGUUACUUUUUUCUUAAAGAUAUUUAUAUUUGAUAAGUCUUUUUUUUAUCAUUUGAGAAUUCAAAAUACCAAACAGCAAACUUGCAUUACAGAGUCACCCUGCAAUCACCUUGUCAUCUAGUAUCUAAAUGAUGAACUGUGUGUGCAUCUAAGAAAAUUACAUCUGCUAGCAUUGUGUGGAAAUGAUCUCCUGGCAUCCUGAUAAAAUGAUAUGCUGCUGCCGGUAAGAGGAAACAUUUUGAUGGAAACAGCAUGGGAAGUGUUAGAGAUGGGCACGACUGUGUUGCGUUAAAACUAAAAAUUAAAAACCUGUGUAAA